AGAGCCUUCGCUCGGCAUAAGUACCGCCCGCUACCGUGUCCGGCUCUCGGCAGCCAUGUCUCGGGCUUACGCGAUAUUCCUUAUCCCGUUUCUCCUGGGGUCGGCCCUGUCGAUCUCCUUCCAUUUACCCGUCAAUUCUCGCAAAUGUCUGCGGGAGGAGAUCCACAAAGACGUGCUAGUAACGGGGGAGUACGAGGUUGGCGAGCAGUCCAACACAAAGACCAACUUGAAGAUCACGGAUUCCUCUGGCCACAUCCUGUACUCAAAAGAGGAGGCAUCGAAAGGAAAGUUUGCCUUCACGACAGAAGAUUAUGACAUGUUUGAAGUCUGCUUUGAGAGCAAAUUCCCAAUGGGAACUGGGCGGGUCCCGGACCAGCUGGUCAAUUUGGAUAUGAAGCACGGUGUGGAGGCAAAGAAUUACGAGGAGAUUGCUAAGGUGGAGAAGCUGAAACCUCUGGAGGUGGAGCUUCGGCGACUUGAGGACCUGUCAGAGUCUAUCGUCAAUGACUUUGCCUACAUGAAGAAGCGUGAGGAGGAGAUGAGAGACACCAAUGAAUCCACGAACACGCGCGUGUUGUACUUCAGCAUCUUCUCCAUGUGCUGCCUGAUCGGACUUGCCACCUGGCAGGUGUUCUAUCUGCGCCGCUUCUUCAAGGCGAAGAAGCUGAUUGAGUGAAGCUGUGGGCAACUGAACGAGGGAGGGCCAAGCCUGCGUGGACCACAGCAUGGCUGGCGGGUGGGCGGGGGAGUGGUGAUAAAUCUGCGGGUUUAAUGUACUCUGUUGGAGGGUCCUGUUACCACUAUGAUGUUUGUCAUUUAUUUGGUAGCUUUCGUUUCUGCAUUAAGCUCCCAAAUUUUCCCUGUCCUUUCCAUACCUACCAAUACCAAUGUCUUCAUACAUGAAUGACCUUCAUGGACACCCCCAGCUGUCCCAUCCCACCCCUUGUCCAUUUGAAUGUUUUUCUUAAUCUAAAUAAAAGAUGUUAAUAGUUUAAAUUUUUUUCCGUGCUCCAGGCGAGUCCAUAAGCCCUUUAUUGAAAUUGUAGGUGGGAUACUUGACCAGAAAUGGACCCUUCAUCAUUUUCCCCGUCAUUUCCCCAUCAUUUUGUCAGUUAAUAGGAAAAAAUUAGAAUGUCUUAUUCCUGAGCUUUUAGGCUGGCCUGCAGCUAUUUUUUUUGUUUUGUUUUACUGUACUCUAAAUGAAAAUGAGCUUGAAGUGAAGGGCUUGCAUUGUGGCUGUUAGGGGUCUGUCUCGUAUACUUACACAGAAAAUGAGCCUCCUUUUUCAUAUAAGGUUUUACUGGUUGAUUACAUACUGGUCGAAGCAAACUUUUUUUUUUUAAAUAAAUACUGUUAACUAUAGCAGGUCAAUGUGCAUCAACCACAUGUAUAAAAUCAGAGUACCACUUUACAGAGAAUGCAGCUCUUAAUGGAAAUAGUUGUUUCGGCUGACAAGAUAAAGCAGCAAGACUCAUUUCACAGUUCUGAAGAAUAUUGAAAAAUAUACCCAGAUGUACAGCUAUUUUGCUAAAAUGUCGAUGCCGCCCCCUGACGUGUAGGUCAAGUGUCAUCCUUUAAGGGUUUGUAAACCCCCUGAUGCCCCCUCCCUCAUAUUUUUGUCUGUUGUAUUUCCCCUCUGACGUCAGUUAAUUCUGGGUGAUUAUGUACAUUACAGUUUACACUGUAACGGAUAAAAUAAUCUUGGCGGGUUUACAAAAUAAAAUUUUAUAAAUAUA